AUGUUACGAGAGAGCAUAAUCGCUGUCAAUGGAGAGCUUCGCCUUGUCGAGAUUGAAAUCAAGAAGGGCCAGUCUGAGCUGGAGGUCUUGCGUUCAGCCUUAGCUUCCGCUGAGUACAGGAGAGAAGCAGCGGAACAGCGUGAGCUGAUGUUGCAGAAUGAAGUGGAAAGGUUGCGUUCUCUUCGACAAGCCGAACUUGAAAUUAUCCAGCAACAGUUCCACUUUCGCAAGCUGUAUGAAGAGGCUGAGGAUCGGCUAAAAAAACAGCAGGAGGAGUACGACCUGAAGAUGGAGGAGUUGAAAGGUGUCCUUAGCACUGUCGAUGACAGGGCAUCGCAAGCCAAAACCGUGGCUGAAAAUCGAGUACGGCGCAGCCUGCUGAUCACGUACGUUGCAGAUGAGAGUGAGCUGGCGACUCUGAGAAACCAGCUUCAUGACGAAGAGGCCCGACGGAAGUCUUUGGAGAAGUCCCUUUCAAUGGCUGAGUACAAAUGCUCUCUUGCUGAGAAUCAGCUGCAAGAACAGAUGAAAGAAUUCAGGCAAAAGAUGGAGGAACAAAUUCGCGAAGCAGUGCCAAACAGGCAUGCUGAUGCCAUAAAACAGAGAAUGAUGAAGAUGCGGAAGGAGAAUGAUGAACUUCCUUCCGCAGCAGCAGAAGGGCCAGCUGAUCUUGCAGCAGUACCAUCAUCCGCUCUUGUUGUGUCACUUUCCCCAGGAGCUACGACUCGGGACAUCCAGCAAACCCUAGCAAUGCCAUACUCAGGACCAGUCGCGCAGAUCGCGGAAAUGGCAGCUGCAGUUGCACCUUCACCAGAUAGCGCCUUUCCCGUUAGCCAAUCAGCAGCUGACAGCAUGGCAGCAGCGAGCCCCGUGAUUGACGGAGCGCAGCUGCUGGGCGGCGGGAAACGGGAGGUUAUGAUUCGUCAGCUGGAGAACUUGGAGAGGGAGUAUGGAUGGCGUAUGCGUGUGCUGACUCGGUAUGCGCCUGAGCAGUUCGAGACGGAUGCCCUACGUGCAGUGUGGCAGCCUGACGACCGAACAGUAGUGGUGGUGGCAGACGUCACAUCGCCCAACAUCCUCAACUUCUUUGCAGGAGACACCGUCAGGGAGAAGCUUCCACGUCAGUUCUUCAUCGAGCUACAGUCCCGCUUUGGCAACCAGUUUUACGUGGCAGAGCAGGGAGACACACGGGCAGUCCAAGAAGCUGUUGCCACGCUGCAGACCUGCCUCUUAAAGCCCACUGGUUGCAGCAACGUGCCCGGCCUGGUAGACGACCUUUACUUCGUCACUCUCUCCACCGCAAUCCUCAGCGGGAUUGUUUUCGGCUUCGCCGCGCGUCUGGAACCUUCCGGAAAGGUGGAGGCUUCUUGGCAGUGGGUACUGCUUUUCUCUCCGCUGUGGCUGCUGCUGCUGGUGGCUUUUUCGUAUCUGCCCAUUACUGCCCGGACGGAUGACGUGGAGCCGCUGUUGAAGAAUGGGGCAGGUUUUCUUGCCGGGGCAGCUGCGAUAUAUUUGACUCCGAUUUUCGGGCAGUCUCCUGUGGCGAAUUGGGGCAAGGGGAAGGAGGAUGGGACUCGGAGUGGCACUCAGAGCGGUAGGGAUAGUGACUCUGAUGGGUUCUAG